GGACUUUUUACAGGACAUUGCAAAAAGCUAUCAAGUCUCCCAUAACUAGUGGAUUUCUCUCUUUUGGAAUAAGAACCAAAUUAGUAUCAUUUAGUCCACUUGGAACCUUACCCCACCUGAAAAAUUCCUGAACCGUACUCACGACCUCAGGACCAACAAUCUGCCAAAAAUUUUGAUAGAAGGCAGGAGUAAAACCAUCAGGCCAGGCGAUUAUCAGGGUGCAUUUGGAACAAAGCAUCCUUAACUCCCUUCUCCUUAACUGGCCUUAACAGUAAAGUAUUCUGAAACCAAGAUAUUGAACUAGAAAUACAAGAGGCAACUUCCUCCCAAUCACUAAGAGAAGUUGAGAAAAUACCUCGAAAAUAAUCCUCAAUAAGCCGUAGUAGGCCAUUAACCCAGUUCUAGGGGACGCUAGUUCUUAUCUCGAUAUCUCUCAAUCCGGUUUUUUUCUCCGCUUUUUUCUUUUCUAUGGCGUCCUCUCUCUCCACUACCCGUUUUCUUAUCUCCCAACGAAUGAAGAUGGCGAAAAACAAGGGUAAAAAGCGUAAACUCGCUGAAAGAGACGAAGACCAAAACUCCGAUGCCAUCGAUGAGAAGCUCCUCCUUUCCAUCGACAAAUUUCUUGAGAUUCAAGGCGAGCUUGACAAGAUCAAUGAGGAGGCUAGUAUUAAGGUCCUCGAGGUGGAGCAGAAGUACAAUGAGAUAUGCGUGCCAAUCUAUAAUAAGCGAAAUGAUAUAGCAAAGUCUAUUCCUUCCUUUUGGUCAACUGCUUUUCUGAAUCACCCUGCUCUUGAUGGUCUUUUAAGCAAUAAAGAUCGAAAGAUUUUCAAACAUCUUACUUGCCUAGAAGUUGAGGACUUCAGAGAUGUGAAAUCGGGUUACUUGAUGAUCUCAUUUAACUUUUUCCCCAAUCUUUAUUUUGAGGAUACUAAGAUUACCAAGACUUAUGCAUUCCAUGACGAAGGAACAAAGAUUAGUACUACGAUAAUAAAGUGGAAAGAGGAAAUUGGCAUGCCUAGUGGAGUUAGCUGUGAGAUGGAAGGAAACAAGCGCCCUCCAACUGAAGAAAGCUUCUUUAGCUGGUUCGCUGAUACUCAACAGAAAAGCGACAUGGAUGAAAGCCACGACAGGGUUGCAGAUAUAAUAAAGGAUUUGUGGCAGGAUCCCCUUACAUAUUUCAUCAACGAAAGUUCUACCAUUUAAACGAUAGGCCUUUGUUUUAGUACUCUGCUAUGCUAACUCACCUGUGUUACUUUUGAAAAUUUCUAACUUUAUUUGAUUGCCUAUGACUUAGAAAUCUGAUGAGGAAGAGGCUGAUGAAGAAGAGGUAAAAACAAACUCUCAACACUUUGUUUGUAGUCUAAGAAAGUGCAUAAAAAUGGGGCUUUUGUAGCCAGCCAGCCAGCCAUUUUCCAUAUUGUCCAUAUUCUUUUGUUUCCAACUGCAGGAUUGUUAUGGCUGUAUA